AUGCCAAAUGCCCAGGAUGGUGAGAUCCCAAACAGUAUGUGUCUUUCCACUAAAAAAGGGAAAAGAACAUCUCCCAGACCAGUCCUUGACUCCACCGAACUGUUUCUGGUCAAACCUUGUGACAAGCAGCAGGUGAGGCAUUCCUCGGCCAGGCAGGUAGAGCAGGGCCGUUACUGGUUCACACAGUCUCAUCUGGCAGGGCUGACCUGGAAAGACCAACAAAAGAUGAUGCACCAGUUUGACAGGCGGGUUCUGAAGAAGCAAGACCUGAUCUCCAGGAACUGUCUAAGCGGACACAUGCUUGUAGAGGGGCUUGAAAGCAAACUAGAACGGGAGCUACGGAAACUCUCAGUCCAGACGGGAGUUAACAGAGAUUGUCUUGGGGUGUUCAGAGAUGUCUUUGAUGACGUGUGUAAUGCCUCACCUAUGUUUGGCGACAUCCUUAGAGAAAUCAAGACAGAGUAUGAUCUUUACCUGAACGCCACUCUCCAGUCUCAGUCCUCUCCCUUGGAUAUGUCUAUAAUUACACUCCUGGGAGAACCAGCAGGAGCAGCUGAGCUGGAGGAUUCUGCGAAAGAGGUGUCAUCAUUAGAAGAAGAGGCCAGGAAAGCUCUGGAGGAAAACGACAGAGUCAGGAAUGAAUUUGAAAAAGCAAAGGGCAGUGUCAAGGAAAGCCUAGAGAAAAGAGGAGGAACACAGAGCUGUAAUCUUGGCUCACAUGAUGUCUCCUCAGAAGACAAUGAGGAGGUGACCUCCUCAGGCCUCACACAGGGAGAGACUGAGCUAUCCUCCAUUGACCAACUCCAACUGAAGACAAGGCGGAUGUGGAAGGUGUGGGAGGAGGUGAAGCGUCUUGAAGAGGAGAUGAAGAAGAAGAUGGUUCCCUCUGAUACAGUCAGUUCCACAGAGAGGUGGAUUAGGGAGUCAGAGGUGGAAUGUUCUGUGUGA